AUGGAAGCUGCAAAACUUCUUUGCCAGCGAUUGAGCACACUGCGACAGGAGGCCACCUUCGUCGAUCUUGUGGGCAAGACGAAGCAAUAUGAAGACCGCUACAAUCUACAGUGGCCACCACAGCAAGCGCGCACCAGCAAGACCCCAGUGCGUUUUCGCCAUACAACGGAGAAGGAGGAUAAAGAGUUGGGAGAUAAAGAGGAUGAUGUGGUUCUGAAGUUUGAGGACAGUCGAGUUCGAGCCCGAAACGUUCUGUACGACACUCUGCCGGUGCUGGUCCACGGCAACGGACCCACCAAGCUGCAGAUGAACUACCUCGGGAACUACAUCCCCAACUCCUGGACCUUUGAGACCGGCUGCACGGUCUGUGACCAGGACCUGCUGCCACUGGCCUCUCUCCAGGAGCCUCCCAUGGUCUUCAUCGCGGUCUUCAUCCCUCAGCCCACUCCGUUUGUGAGCGUGUUCUUUGAGCGUCUGCUGAAGCUGCGUUAUCCCAAAGAGAGACUCCGCCUUUACAUCUACAACAAGGAGUCACACCAUGAGCGUGACGUCAGCUCCUUCCUGAAGAACCAUGGUCACCUGUACCAUGGUGUGCAGACCGUGGGACCAGACCCAGACCUGGACCUCGCUACAGCCAGAGACCAGGCCAUUUACGUGUGCCGGAAGGACGUCUCCUGUGAUUACUUCUUCAACCUGGACGUGGAGGUGGUGCUGAAGAACGAGGACACUCUGAAGAUCCUCCUGGAGCUGAACCUGCCCCUGGUGGCCCCCAUGAUCACCAGAGCCGGUCGUCUGUGGAGUAACUUCUGGGGAGCUCUGAGUGUUGAUGGUUUCUACGCUCGCUCUGAGGACUAUGUGGACGUGGUGCAGGGACGCCGCCAAGGCCUGUGGAACGUCCCGUAUGUGUCUAGUGUGUAUCUGCUGAAGGGCUCUCUACUGAGGAACCAGCUCCAGGACCUGUCCCUGUACCAGGAACCAGGGGUGGACCCUGACAUGGCCUUCUGUCAGACUCUACGCAAUCGGGAGAUCUUCAUGUUCGUCACAAACCUGCAGACGUUCGGGAGGAUCCUGUCCACAGAGAACUAUCGAACCGAACACCUGCACAACGACCUGUGGGAGAUCUUCCAUAACCCAGUGGACUGGGAAGAGCGCUACCUUCACCCGAACUACAGCCGCGUUCUGAAGGACCAGAUGGAGUCGCCCUGUCCGGACGUUUACUGGUUUCCUGUUCUCUCGGAUGUCGCCUGUGAUCACAUCGUGGAAGAAAUGGAGCAUCAUGGGAAAUGGUCUGGAGGCGGGAACCGGGACCAGAGGAUCCAGGGCGGGUAUGAGAACGUUCCUACCAUCGACAUCCACAUGAACCAGGUGAACUUCCAGCGUGAGUGGCAGCAGUUCCUGCUGGAGUACGUCGCCCCGGUAACGGAGAAGAUGUAUCCGGGAUACUACACCAGGGCUCAGUUUGACUUGGCCUUCGUGGUUCGGUACAAACCAGAUGAGCAGCCGUCUCUGCGGCCGCACCACGACGCAUCUACCUUCACCAUCAACCUGGCCCUGAACCAUGUGGGCAAAGACUUCCAGGGCGGGGGCUGCAGGUUCAUCAGAUAUGACUGUGCAGUGACGUCUCCUCGUAAAGGCUGGGCUCUGAUGCAUCCUGGACGCCUCACGCACUACCACGAAGGCCUGCCCACCACACACGGCGUCCGCUACAUCGCCGUCACCUUUGUGGACCCUUAG